AUGCUGGCCCUGCAGCUGCGAAAGAACACUGAUGAUCGUGCCAUUGUCAGGGCGCUGGCCAAAGUGCGAGAUCUUUUUGAGCUGCUCAGGCAAGCAGGCUGCACCAUCGUGCAGGCGACUCGCGCAGAGGAGUUGAUGGAGCUGGCCAUUGAGGCUCCUGAUGUGAAGCCUCCAAAGCGGAGUCGAGCUCGCUACUUCUACUGUGCCGCAGGCGUCAUUGUGUUUGUGAUUUUUCUGCUCGUGGCAAUUAUCGCUCUGGAGGUGUCGCAAGCAUCUCAAGGUUGGGAGGCCUCGGGGACCUGGAAGCAGGGCAUCCGUGAUGUGGUGUUCCUGGACACCGGUUCCACUGCCCGACACCACCAUGCGGUCGUGGUCUCUUGUCCGGAGGAGUCUGGUGUGAUUCGCCCUGCUCUGCGGCACGACGAGCUUGUCGUUGGCUUAUCCAGGCGCACCUCCGUGCCGCAGCAGGACUGUGAAGUUGCCCUUCAGAUUGAUGGUCUCCUGGUUCAUGUGCCGUGUCGGCGCUUGGUUCGUGUCCUACCCCCACCCCGUGUGCUGGUUGUCCAUGACACCUUCAGCUACCGGCGGCUGGCACGAACUCAAGCGGGACAGGAUGAUGGAGUGCUGGAGUUAGGCUCCUCACUUGGUGAGUGCACCCGCAUCCUGUCUUCUCGUGCCGCGGCCGUGAUCGGCAUCGACGUCAGUCAAGAACUGGUGGAGGAGAGCAGCCGGCGCUAUCCCGACUGCCGUUUUGAAUGGCUGGACUGCUUCCAGGAGCAAGCACGCUUCGCAGCAUUGUGCGCGGAGCUUGUGGAAGCAGGUAGCGGCAGGCUGAAGAUCUUUGUGGACAUUGGUGGCGACCGCGCGACGAGCGACAUUUGCUGCCUGCUGUCUUUUUUGGAGCAGGUGCUGAACACUCUCCAUCCGAAGCAGCCGUCUGCCUUGGUGGUGGUCAAGUCCAAAGCUCUGGCCACUGCCGCGGCCGAAGCCGCUGGCGCCGACGGGACCAUCCCAGAGCCACGGUUGCGGCCCUGGCUCGAAGGAAUAGCCAGGAAGCAGCCGGCCAGCUCCAAGCAACUGAAGAAGAAGCUGGCGCGGGCUCGCAAGGCGCAGUGGCAGCAGGCGGACGAUACCACGUGGCAGGCUUUCGAGAAGCAGCGGACUGAAUGGGACGCCCUCUGCAACGAGGAGCAAGCGCGCCUGAAAAGCGAGCUCCGCCAGCUGAAGCAGGAGCAUCCCGAGGCAUGGGGCGAGACGCUGAAUACUUUCCUCGCAGAGCGGCUGGGGAACGAUUCAAAAAGUUGUCCCGUGCUGCCCAUCUGCUGUGAGAUGGGGAGAUGUUUCGUGGAAGUCGCCGUCCGCAGUGGGACCUUUUUCGGCUCGAAGAACCCAUGGGCUUUGCCCAUCGUCCAUGUCGGAGGUCGUGGUGAGAUUGCCCGGUACCAAGGAGAUGCCUUCCGUUGCUGCAACGACAUGGAGGGCUACGUGGGCAGCUGCUGUGAUCUCGUGGCUGGUGGUGUCAGUGCGCAGCUGGCAGAGACUUUCUGUGAUGCUUGGGGCAUACUGGGCCGCACCGAUCACAUGGGUGAAAGGUGCCCCUCUGGUGUAUGGCCGUGCCUCUUCACUGUAGAUUAUGAAACAGAGACGGUGGACGAGCUGAUGUACUUCAGUCAACCAGAUGUCUCCGUGUACGUCGGGGCAAUUGCUGUGCUGGUGAUGAUCCUCGUCGUUGGAGUCGUUGUGCGCCUGAUGCAAAUCUUCGAUGUCAGGUGUGACUGUUCCGCGUUGAUGCCGGCGCGCCAGGAUGAUGACGCAGACUUGUACGACCCUGAUGACCCGGCAUCCGACUGGGGGCAGGUCGUGCAAGAAGCGGCGCAGGAAGAGGCCCGAAAGAAAAGACAAGGGAACUGCAAAGGUUGGAUCCAGGAGCGGACAGCAUCCGUUCGAGAGAAGUGGCAGCGCGUUUUGAAAUGCGUCCGCCGUGGAGAAAAGAAACAGCCCGAGUCUCCGGGAUCCGCCCGAGGUGAAGCGAAGGUGCGGCGGAUGACCUCCAAGUCGAGCCAGGGCCGUGGUGCUUCGCAGAGUGUCGUCCGCACCUCCUCCAAGCUGAGCCGCGGGAGCCGCGGCAGCCGCGGGCGCAGCCCUUCCAAGGGCCUCCAGGGCACCGGACGCGCGGAGUCCAAGAGCAGCCGGGGCAGCCGGGGCGCGGACUCCGAUGGCAGAUCCGACGCUCGGGAGGAGGACGAAGACGAGCAGGAGGAGUUGCAGCCCGCGAAGUCCGAGACGCGAAGAGUUUCCGCGACAAUCUCAAAGGAGGUUCCGGAAGUCUUCGAGGAGGAGAAGAGAGCGACGGCGGCUUGCUUCCCGCCUGGUUUUGUUUGGCACAGGGACGGCGCGGACCCCACACUUGUCGACAACCUAGAGAAAUACCUCAAGUGGGAGGCCACGGGGAAGGAGCUCGAGGACGUCGAAGAGCGUGACAUUCAUCCGGGCUUCCACGCAGGAAAUCUGAAGGGCAUGGCCCGGCUUGCGCGGCAGCAGCACCAGUCGCUCCUCCUCCCGAUCGUGGAGCCGAUGACAGGGCGCUCGGCGAAAUCGCACUCCUACUCUGCCGACACCCUCUACUACUCCUGCAGCACAUUGCGGGAGAGCCGGCGCAAGAAACGAAAGCGCGGGGCCAUUAAGGGCCCAGGAGGGAAGCAGACGGCACGGAGUCUGGAGACGCCUCAGAAAUGGAGUUGGGCCACGCAGGAGGAGCAAAAGGGCUUCCGGCAGCUGCCCAUCGAGAACGGUCCACAGUUCUCCAAGAUCAAGGUGCCGGGAGCGCAGUCCCAGCACAUCCUGAGCCUGGAGUAG